AUGUUGACAGGCAAAGGAAAGCAAGUCGCCGCCAAGCCGGAUUGGAAGGAACAACUUGCAAUGCUAGAUCAAGACGUGGGCUGGGACGCGCCAUCAGGCUUGGACUGGGCGGAAAGUGGCAACCCGGAGAAACAAGAAGUAUUUACCCCGAGUCCACACCCGAGCAGGCACGACCAUAACGGACUUACUCACGAUCCGCAGUCAAAAGAAAAUGACCACCAUGUCUUCCUGGCAGAAGCCGAAAGUGGAGAUGCUUCAACAACGAUGAUGACCGACUACGCUUACGCCGCUUAUUGCAGUGACUUCGCAGCCUGCUACAAUGACUACGCUGUCUACGACGAUACAUCACAAUACCUCGAUAGCGACAAAUACUUCGAUGCAUGGGGAUGUAUCCUGGAAGAUGACCCAAUAACAUCGCUAGAGGUGCAGCAGAGCAUUUGGGAGGCAGCUGUGGGGGAGUCACGCGGCGCAGAGAAGGGCCAGCACCACCACACCAGCACCCGCAGCACAGACGACGGACGCCAAACACAUUUCUGCUCACAAGCCAAACAAGCACAAGAACAAUGUGUCCAGCCAAAGAGCCAGCUAGUGGCCUACCUCUACCACCGCUUUGGAGAGGACAUUCGUUACGAGAACCGGUGUUGCUGCCACGAGUGGCUGUACGACUGCGUCGAGGAGGACAGGAAGGCUACCAGAACGGAGUACUCCCUAACGGGCGGGGGCCUGCCGAAGGACGAUUGCGUGUUGCUGCCAUACCCGCAAGAGGAGAUGCCGGGGACGGAGCACGCCGACAAGCCGGUGCUGAUGGUGACGACGCCAGAGGGGGAAGCAUUGUUCCCUCACGACAUGGGGGACUACCCGGAACCAACAAUCUCGAGCGAACGGCCGAUUGGAGGGGAGAUGGUGGCUCAGGUUCGAGACUACGUAACGCCGUAUGAGGACGAAGACGGUGCGGACAUUUGA